AUGAAGUACGUUGUCGUUUCCGGUGGUGUCAUUUCCGGUAUUGGAAAGGGUGUUUUGGCGUCCUCCACAGGAAUGCUGUUGAAGACUUUGGGACUAAGAGUCACUUCCAUCAAGAUUGACCCUUACCUUAACAUUGAUGCAGGAACUAUGUCUCCUUUGGAACAUGGUGAGUGUUUCGUUUUGGAUGAUGGUGGAGAAGUCGAUUUGGAUUUGGGAAAUUAUGAGCGUUACUUGGGUAUCUCUCUAACCAAAGACCACAACAUUACCACGGGUAAAAUUUACUCGGCCGUGAUCGAGAAGGAAAGAAAAGGAGACUACUUGGGUAAGACUGUCCAGGUUGUUCCACACAUCACCAACGCCAUUCAAGACUGGAUCGAGAGAGUUGCUAGAAUCCCUGUUGAUCCUUCUGGAAUGCAGCCAGAUGUCUGUAUCAUUGAACUUGGUGGUACCGUUGGAGAUAUUGAGUCUGCUCCGUUUGUGGAAGCUCUUAGACAGUUCCAGUUCAGAGUUGGACAUGAGAACUUUGCUUUGAUUCAUGUCUCAUUGGUUCCUGUGAUCCACGGAGAGCAAAAGACCAAGCCAACUCAAGCUGCUAUCAAAGAUCUCAGAUCCCUUGGGUUGUCUCCUGAUAUGAUCGGUUGCAGAUGUUUGACUGAACUUGAAGGUCCAACAAUUGAGAAGAUUGCUAUGUUCUGCCAUGUUGGAGCUGAGCAAGUUCUGGCAAUUCAUGACGUCAACUCUACCUACCACGUUCCAUUGCUUUUGAAAGAACAAAAAAUGAUUCAAUACUUGAGCAAGAGAUUGCAACUUGGACAGAUGAACGUUCCGCUUGAUAUGAUCAAAAAGGGUGAGGAACUUUACAAGAAUUGGGUUGAACUUACCACCCAACACGAUAGAUCUUUCGAGAAAGUCACGAUUGCAAUCGUUGGAAAGUACACAAACUUGCACGAUUCUUACUUGUCGGUGAUCAAGUCUCUUGAACACAGUGCAAUGAGAUGCUCUAGAAAGCUGGAGAUUGUUUGGGUCGAGUCUGCUGACUUGGAACCACAAACAGAGAUCGAUAAUAAAGCCAACUUCCAUUCCGCAUGGCAAUUGGUUUGCAAAGCAGAUGGAAUCUUGGUUCCAGGUGGAUUUGGAACUAGAGGUGUUGAGGGAAUGAUUGCUGCUGCCAAAUGGGCCAGAGAGAACAACAUUCCAUACCUUGGUGUGUGUCUGGGAUUGCAAGUUGCUGUGAUCGAGUUCCUUAGAAACGUUUUGCGUAUUGACGGUGCCACCAGUGCCGAAUUCGUUCCUGAGGUGACUGAGGAAAAGGCAGGUGUUGUCUACAUGCCUGAAAUUGAUAAGGAGAAAAUGGGAGGUACCAUGAGACUUGGUUUGAGACCAACCUGUUUCCAAGUCUCCGCCAAGAGCUCUGUGAUCAGAAAACUUUACGGUGAUUCUGAAUCCGUUUUAGAGAGACACAGACAUAGAUACGAAAUCAAUCCAGCUAUGGUGGAGGCCAUCGAAAACGCGGGAAUGAAGUUCGUUGGAAAAGACGACAAAUCGGAGAGAAUGGAGAUCUUAGAAUUGGACAACCAUCCAUUCUUCGUUGCUACUCAAUACCAUCCAGAAUACAUCUCCAAGGUUUUGGAUCCAUCUCGUCCAUUCUUGGGACUGGUGGCAGCUGCUUCUGGUAUCUUGAACGAAAUUCUGAAGCAAGAUUUGAAGAAAGCCGCUAAUGACUUUUGA